UGAGCUGCUGGAGGCAGGGAGGAAACGGCACGGAGCGCAGGGACCCGCCACAUCUGUUUGGAUGCUCCAGAUGAGUGGACCUGCUGCGGCGGCACACACAUCAGACGGCAACAACGGUGACAUGCAGUCGGCUGCGGUGGCUCCAUCUUUCAUUCCAAGUCAGACGGGGAAGAUACCCGGCAGGAAGAGAGGGAGGCCCCCCCUCCGCAGCGUCGACAAGAUGGAUUUUCCUAACCACUACCCAGAAUCCCUCCCUCCGCUCAAAAUACCCAAAAAAAGGGGAAGAAAGCCAGGAUUCAAGCUCAAACCCCGGAUGGUGAUGACACCUUUGGCCAUUUCUCCCCCCAGCAGCACUCCUGAGCCCGAUAUGAGCUCCAUUCCUCAAGAUGCUGCCACCAUCCCCCACUCCGCCACACCCCAGGUGCUCACAGUUUGUAUCUACAUCAAUAAGCAGGCCAACACUGGUCCCAACCUGGACAGGAAAAAGAUCCAGCAGCUCCCCGAUCACUUCGGACCCGACAGGCCCUCCGUAGUGCUUCAGCAGGCGGUCCAAGGCUGCAUCGACAGCGCCUUCCAGCAGAAAACCGUCUUCACCCUCCUCACACAAGGCUACGGAGGAGAAAAAAUAUCAGCCACGUUUGAUGGGAAGCAGCAUCUUCUGAGCCUCCCCGUGGUGAACAGCAUCGACUACGUGCUUCGUUUUCUCAAGAAGCUCUGCCGCAGCUUGCACUGUGAAAACCUCUUCAGUGAUGAACCCAUUAGCCAGCACAGCAGUGGAUCCUACCCUUCCGAUGCUGAGACGUCCAUGACUGAAGACUACGACGUCAACCAGUCAGACAGCAAACGCUACGCCGUCGACCACGGGGAUCCUACUUUCAGCUCCAUAAGCUCGUCCUACACACCAAAGUCCUCCUACGGGUUCCGUUCUUCACAGCAGUUCUCCAGCGGCUCGGCCUCCAUGAGCAUGUGCAGACAGUCGUCCACCAGCCCAAGCUCUUUUCCAGAUGGCAACAGGACAGGUGGCUAUAAUGUCUCUCCUGAGUCCCAGGAGUCCAAGGCUCCAUCCAGUAAGGACCCAACCACCUGGUCUGUGGAGGAUGUGGUUUGGUUCAUCAGGGAUGCAGACCCCCAAGCUCUCGGUCCUCACACAGAUGUCUUCAGGAAACACGAGAUCGAUGGAAACGCUUUGUUGCUCCUCAAGAGUGACAUGAUCAUGAAGUACCUCGGACUGAAGCUCGGGCCAGCGCUGAAGCUUUGCUUCCACAUCGACAGACUGAAGCAGACCAAGUUCUGAAUCGUGUUCACAGUCCUACAAAGCUUUGGGUGGGGUCUCGUCCUGAGAUGGCUGUUUGUGGUCCAACGAAAAGAAAGUCCUCCAGCAUCGUGGGGUGUGUUACUUUUUUUUAGAUUCCCUGGAAACAUGUUCCGCUACUUUUAUCAUACAAACAAACUCCAGUCGACUUACUGGCAUGAAAAGCAGUGGACGACACGCAUUCCUUCAA